ACUGUCAGUAAAAUUCGUAAGAUUAUACAUACCUGCAUUUAACGAACUGUUGAAAAUAUUUAUGUUAUUUCAAGUGAAACGCGAGAAUGGAUGCAUUAUUGUGUACGCAAUCUAUUGCAGACCUGUGCAGAAUUUGUACUAGAAAAGCUUCUUGCCUAUGGUCAAUGUUUGACCAAACAUGCAAUAUUCCUGAAUUAGUCUGGUUACUUGCAAAAGUGGAGAUUAAACGAACUGAUGAACUACCACAACAAAUAUGUUCAGAAUGUCUCUCUUUUGCUGAAAAUGCAUUCGAGUUCAAGGAACGCUGUUUGCAUUCUGAACUGUAUUGGCAGAGAAAUUGGCUGGAACACGAAACUCGAGAUCAGAAAUCGGAUGUUAUUAAAUUUGAGAUCUGUAUGAUCGAUGAACCGGAAACCAAGUCAUUAGCUACUGAAAUAAAAGUUAAAGAUGAGCAGUGUGAUAUUCAGUCGGCGGAUGAUGGUCAUCCGAACCUAGUCUUUCACCGAAAGAGCACGGAAAAUACUGACACUAAAAGUGUCGUUGCUAAUCAUGAAAAUCAGAAGUGUGCGUCUAACAAAAUACCGGAAACUAGACGAGAAGUGCAAUGCUCAAAGUGCAACGAUGUGUUCACUAACCAGUCAUAUCUUAGGUAUCAUAUAAACAGCGAUCACGCUGACGAGAAUACUCCCAAUGAAAAAAAGAUACGAAAAUGUUUCUUUUGCCCAAAAGAAUUUUCAACUUUUGAAUACUUGAGCUCUCAUCUGACAUUCCACAAACGGAAAGUGUGGACUUGUGCUUUAUGUGAUAAAGAUAUCGAGAAAAAAUGCCUUUUCGUGGACCAUUUACGGAUGCACGCACAAGAACGCCAUUACAAAUGCGACGCCUGUCCGUGUGCUUUUACCUCACAGGCGCAGUUGAGAAAGCACAAAAAGACGCAUUUCAAGUCUAAGGCAAAGCAGGAGCGGUUACUGGUCACAAAAGUCAAUGUAGACACCCAACAUGGCAGAGUUUCUGAGGUUAUUGGAAGCGAUUGGAGACUCGAAGAAACAUCCAAAAAAUCUGCAACUGAGAAAGCUGAUGUCAAGCCUGUCACUUGUUCAAUUUGCAAAGAAUCGUUUCAGUACCCUAGAAAUUUAAACUUUCACCUUAAAAGUGAGCAUGUCCCUACAGAUGACUCGUCACCCAGAUUUCAUCAUUGUGGCACAUGUAACAAAACAUUCAUGACCUUAGAGCACUUAGUAUAUCAUAUGAAGUUUCAUAAGAAAAAAUCCUGGAGCUGCCCAUCAUGCAACAAACAGUUCAAAAAUUUGUACGGGUAUAAACUCCAUCAGUUGACACACCAAAAUAAUCCUAAUGUUCUCUGUCCAUACUGUGGUAAAUUCUUUCUACAUAAAAGUAAUGUUAAAACUCACAUCAAUCGACAACAUAUAAAGAAGCGUGAUGAGAUUCCCAAAAAGGAGUACGUUUGUGAAAUUUGUGGCGUAAAAAUGAAGCGCAAAACUUCGUAUGAUAAUCACAUGAACUCUCAUGGAGUAAACAAAAGCCAGAAAUCAUCAAAAUCUUCAAAUUCAUCUCAAAAAGGAAAAUUUGUUUGCAAUAUUUGCGGUAAAAAUUUUUGUAAUUCAGGAAAUUACGAGGUGCACAUGCGUCGUCACCUUGGAAUAUCGAUAUGCUCUUGUCUGGUGUGUGGUAAAGGUUUUCCCCGAAAACAAGAUUUGACCGUGCACAUGAGAAAUCACACUGGCGACAGGCCAUUUGAGUGUCCCACGUGUAACAUGAAAUUUAUAACUAGUCAAAAAUUGAGAAUACACUUGCGGGUGCAUACCGGAGAAAAACCUUUCACGUGUCCUUGUGGCAUGGCCUACUCUCAGGGGCAGGAUCUCAAGGCGCACAAGAAACGCAACACAUGUGGUCAAAACUUUGAUAUGAACGAGCUGAAUGCUAAAUCACAAUGGUCUAUCUGUAUCCAACCUUCACAGCCAAAGAACGAUAGUAGAGAAUCCGCGAAACAAAUGUCUUGAGUGAACAUUUAUGUUGAUGGCGAAAAUAAAUUGCAUUCGGUGUACUACUGA